AUGGGGGAACCAAUAGUGAAAGGAAUUGACUCAUUGAGUGUUGAAGAUAUUGAAAAGUAUAAUGCAAAUUGUUGGUUUAUGAGUCCACCAUGUCAACCAUAUACAAGAGGUGGUAAAUUUUUAGAUGACAAAGAUCCAAGAUCCAAAGCUUUACUUCACCUAAUAAAUAUAUUACCAAAAUUAUCAAAUUCACCAAAAUAUAUAUUUUUAGAAAAUGUUUUAAAUUUUGAGAAAUCCAAAUGUAGAGAUAAACUUGUUUCAGAAUUGUACAAGAUGAAUUAUGAGAUUCAUGAAUGUUUAUUAACACCUUUACAAUUUGGAAUACCUAAUGAUAGAUUAAGAUAUUACCUGAUGGCAUGUAAAAGAAACAAUGAAAAAAAUCCAGCUUUAAAUCAUAUCAUUGAACCAAGGAAUUAUUUGGAAAACUCAAUAAUCAAUACUAAUUGGCCAUUUAAAUGUAUGAUUUUGGAUAAUAAUGAGGAUGAAGAGGAAAGUGGAGGAAAAGAUGGAAAAGGAAGAAAAAUUUGCUAUGUUCAAUGUGAAUGUCAACAAAAAUUUAAAAUAAAACAAAAAGAUGUCCCAAUUACCUGA